GUUUGCUCUUUAUAGAUGAUAAGUUGUAAACCUCGAAAUUCUGAAUGGGCGAGGCUAAUUCAUCACGAUUCAGCAGAGGCGUUUAACCCCCUUCAGUAUCGAUUUAAUGAGCAGCCGUUACAUCCGGAUCAACGUAGCUUCGAGCUAACGUUAGCAAGUCAACCGGAUGAACGUGGGCGUAGCUCACAGCGAGGUGAACCCCAACACGAGGGUGAUGAACAGCAGAGGAAUAUGGCUCACCUACCUGCUGCUGACCGUCGUGCUGCACAUCGUCCUGCUCAGCAUCCCCUUCUUCACCGUACCGCUCGUCUGGACUCUGACCAACGUCAUCCACAACCUGGUGAUGUACCUGUUUCUCCACACAGUGAAGGGCACUCCCUUUGAGACACCAGACCAAGGCAAAGCUCGUCUCCUCACACACUGGGAGCAGAUGGACUACGGAGUCCAGUUCACAUCUUCGCGCAAAUUCCUCACUAUCUCACCAAUUGUUCUGUAUAUUCUUGCCAGUUUCUACACAAAAUAUGAUCCCACGCAUUUUAUCAUCAACACAAGCUCCCUUCUCACUGUGCUCCUCCCAAAGUUGCCUCAGUUUCACGGAGUACGGAUAUUUGGGAUCAACAAGUACUGACAGAACACUGGAUUUUACCCACCAACAAUGGACUCCUAGUGUUCUGUUCCUGCUGAACUACUUUAUGUUUAGAGGUUGAGGAGAAGAGAACCAGUUGGAUUUGUCUUUAACUGUACAGACUGUGUGGAGUAAUAUAUGACAGUUGCAAUGUGUGCUGCCUCUUGCAGCCUGAAAAAAAAAAAAAAAGGUAAAUGCACUGCUGCUGUUUUAUGAAAGUAGAUAUUUUCUUUACCGACAUUCCUGAUCUACAUCUUUGAUGAUUCCUGUUACAAACUGCACCGGCUGCACGUCUGUAAUACUCUAUGGUUGUUGCCAUAAAUGUGAAUGACUUCAUUGCGGCAGUGUGGCUCAUGUUUCGAAUGUCACUUGCAAGUUUCUGUUUUUGUUUUUUUUUUCAUGCUUUUUUCCUCCUUUACUGUGAGGGAUUUAUAUGCAGCAUGCUUUUACAGGCCUACAAUAACCCCUGCAGUCUUGCUAUCACACACAUAAUCCUGUAACUUACUGUUUUCUGAAGCUUUACGUUGUUUCCCGUUUAUAAAAUGAGCAGUGAGAGCUACACGCUGUGAA